AUGAAUACCGAAUAUCUCCAGGCUGCGGCUCAAACCAUGUUCUGGUCAGAAGCAAACUAUGAGACUGUGGAGUCGUGGGAGUUGAUCAGGGAUAACCUGCUGACUCUCCCCCCCCCCUGUAUCCCGUCCUGGUGGUCCAGUCGAGUGAAAAAAGCCCUAGUUAGAAAGCGGGCUGCGCGGCAACGACUCUGUGCCACAGGAGGCUAUCUUAGACAUCUUCAAUACUUACGAGAACGAAAGUCUUUCGACCGCAUCCUCCUGGAUGCCAAAAGAGCUUUCGAGCUUUCCCUGGCCAAGAAAGCAAAGCGCUACCCUAAGGCCUACUACGGGCAUAUUUAG